AUGGAUGCCCGGCGGUCGGACGACAAUGCAUCUGGCUCAGCUUUCCAACACCAUGUAACAACGUUGUAUGAUUUACCUCCAACCUCGUACUUUAGCUGGAGGCCUAGAAGUGCGCCCCCGUCUUCGCAACCUGUUCGGCCUGCUGAUGACGAGCAGUUGCACGCUGCUGUGCAUCGUGGUCGGUCCGGAAUCCAUCCUCACUUUCUCGCCACCUGGGAACAGAUUAAGGGCAGCGAAGGCAUGAAAAGACGCGACCGCCUUCUCGCCAUGUCUCCCGGGACCAGACAGGAGACCACUGCUAAGUACAAUUUUGACGUAAUCCACAUAGCAUCCAGCGAACGUGUUCACGGCCUGGACCCCUUGCUCCCGAUGCUUCAAUCUUUAUGGGUCGGUGAUGUCGCCCGGCCGCAAGACGCACCGCUAUCUAAGCAAUAUCGUACUGUUCGCAAAGUGGAGACUGGCCACAACCCCGGGCCGAAUCGACUGCUUACGGUGAGCCAACGGCAACCUUACUACGUCCGUGGCGACGAGGAAGCGCCGCCUACAAAUGCGUGGCUUCAGACUACCUGCAAUCCCUUCGAUGGAGUGCUGGUGAUUGUAGCCCGUUCCACGCCAACGGAGAUUCUGCAACAACGCGGCUCGCAACAUGACGCUCCCUUACAGAUUGGACACACGGCGUUCUCUGAAAGCAUCAUCGCUACAUGGAAAGCUUGCCAUAAUAGCAGCACACAGCCCCGGAAUGAUGAGGCCACGACAUGGUUGUUUAACGGCUAA